CAGUAGCGAAGAUGAGUAGUGAAAUUUUCGUGAUUGGCUCGAUUGGCUAAGAAAAAUGUUUGUAUCUGAAAUUCGUUAUCUCUGUUAGUGAAUAGAUAAGCAAAAUGUGUUGAAAUGAUUAUCAAGCUUAGUGGCUUACAUGGGUGAUACAAAAAACGGCGUCCACGAUGCAAUGACUUCGAAUAGCAGCAGCAGCAAUUUAGCCGUGCUGAAUUCUGCGAAUUCUGUUCGACACUCCACUGUACUAUCCACUUCCGACAGUCCAUCAUCAGCAACACUAGCAGCACCAACAACAGCCACUGUAGAGUUAAGUAACACCUCAAAUCUUGGCGUCCUUCGCAGUAUAUCAAACACAUCUAACAUCACUGAUAAGUCGGACGAUAAUCUCGACUCGUGCAGCAAGUCUAGCGACAGUGGUAACCUACUGGUCGCAGGUGAAGCUGUCUCUUGUAGUAGCAGCAGCAACAAGCAAGAAAAGGGUGAAAAAGUCAGAAAUCAGAAGAAUCUUACCGAGCGAGCUAAGAAAACUCCCUGGUAUAAUGCAAUUUAUCCUUCGUACAAAUCACGUACCGAAGAAUUUAAGAAGUUGUUUAAAGAUGUGUCCGACGAUGAGCGAUUAAUUGUGGACUAUUCCAGUGCUAUUCAGAAGGACAUUUUGGUGCAUGGGCGAUUGUAUGUUACGCAAAACUUCCUUUGCUUCCACGCUAAUAUAAUCGUGUGGGAGACACGUCUCACCAUCCGCUGGAAAGACGUAACAUCGAUCACCAAAGAGAAAACGGCAAGAGUUAUUCCAAAUGCCAUCCUGGUAUGUACUGACAAUGAGAAACAUUUUCUCACCUCAUUUACCUCGCGCGAUAAGACGUACUUGAUGCUCUUUCGCGUGUGGCAAAAUGCAUUGAUGGACAAACCUAUCAAUCCACAAGAACUGUGGCAGUGGGUACAUACCUGUUAUGGCGAUCAGCUAGGUCUGACCAGUGACGACGAAGAUUAUAUCGAUCCGUACGAUCAAAACUGUGAAAGUAUUACUAUUUCUAAACAAUCCUCUGAAGAACUUCCCAAAGAACCCAACGAUUUCUCGGACGAGUGCGCCGGCAUUAUGGUUGCCAAGGAAAGUAAAUCAAAGAAAGCGACCCAUCCGAAAGCAGGAUUUAGUCCAGAGAGUAACUUGUCAACUCCAUCAGAGUUGCUUCCGACAGACAUGUCAGAUUCGACGGAAUCUGAAAAAGAAGAGGAAUUUUUUGCCGGAGUCGAGUGUAAUUCGCUGCACUCCGGGCGGCAACUGGUGCAUACUAUUCUUCCUAUCAAUGUUGAUAUUUUGUUCGAGCUUCUCUUCUCCAAGUCUAAAUUUUUAACCGAAUUUCAUAAUAGUCGCAAAACUACCGAUAUGAUCCACGGUGAGUGGAAAGUCAAUAAGGAUGGUCUGAAGGAACGGGUGGUUUGUCUGACUAUUGCCAUAACUCAAACCAUAGGCCCACGAAGUGCUCAGGUUACCGAAACCCAGGUCAUGCGAGAUUGUAGCAAACCUGGUCAACUGUACUCGAUCGACGUAAAUGCAGUCCAGGGAGGUAUUCCGUACGCGGAUAGUUUCUAUGUAACGCAACACUACUGCAUGUCUCGAACUAAAGAUGAUCAUACAGUCCUUUCAGUGCACGCCCAGGUCCACUACAAGAAAAAUAUUUUCGGAUUCGUUCGAGGAUUUAUCGAGAAGAAUACCUGGGUUGGACUGGAGGAUUUCUACAACGCACUGCUCCGCAGUCUGCAGAGCGAAUACUGCAUUCCACCUGCCAAAAGCAAAAGCCGGAGAUCUCGAAAAUCAACCUCUUCCCAACACAUCAAAAUCCUGGACGAACCAGCGUUGCUACGAAACAGUCCGCUUCCGACGUCGGUUACUACUAAGAUAACAAAAACUAGACACUCCACGCCGCAUACAUUCUUUUCCUGGUUCGUUGUCAUCCUACUGGUAAUCCUGCUGUCCAUCAACGUGGCUCUUUAUAUGAAACUGUGGAAUCUGGAAGAGGAAAACGAUACCCUGUUCCGGAACGACGACAACACGCUGGAUAGGAAAACAAUGCAGAAUCCACCUAUGACGCACGCUGACUGGCUAGCGUUACUACACGAACAGGAGGCCAAGCACGCUAAGGAAAUGGUCAAGUGGCAACAGGUGCUGCACACGGUUACUGAUCUACUGAAAAAAGUUGGCAGCAUCUGUGAAAAUAUUCCCGAAAAUGUUACCAGUCAGCAGAAGGUUAUACACAAGGACGAAUUGUAGAGUGCAAAAAGUUAAUAUUUGUUUAGAUCCAUUCGUAUCUACAUAAUAGAAAUAGAGAGUAUA